AUGAGCGCCCAGCUCAAUCGGCCUUCGCGGCUGAUCCUCUACAUCGCGGCUGUCACGAGCGUGAUCUUGCUCUUCCGAUUCUUGAGGGUCACCGUCCCAGAGCCACCGCCAGGCUCACUCGGAUCUCCCGGAAAGCCUCCAAAGCCAGUGGCUCCUGGCAUCGAUUUGAGGAUAUUACCCCUGGGCGACUCAAUCACUUUUGGAGACGGUGGGAGUGAUGGAAAUGCGUAUCGACUUGAGCUGCGCAAGGCUCUGGCCAUCGGUGGCAGCAAUGUCGACUAUAUUGGCUCACAGACUUCUGGCCAGAAUAACGAGGACAACCAGCACGAAGGAUGGGGAGGCGCGAGGAUCAGUGGCGUACUGGAGCGAGUCCUGGCCCAGGGAACCUUGAAGCAGAAACCCAACGUCAUCUUGCUCAUGGCAGGAACCAACGAUUUAAAAGAACAGGCUUCGUACGCAGAGCCCGUUGACAGCGCGCCGAAUCGCUUGGGCGUGUUGAUUGAUGCUGUCCUCUGCGAAUGCCCUGACGCAUUGCUUCUGGUGGCGAAGAUUACCGGACAGAGGCCAUUGUUCGCAAAUCUACGAGUGGGCAACUUCAAUGCCGCCAUCGAGAGCGUUAUUGCAGACCGAGCAGGGAAGGGUGCAAAGAUCAAGAUGGUGGACCAGUCUGCCAUAGCGGCUUUGGAGUUGGCAGAUGACCUGCAUCCAAAUGAUGCCGGCUACCGGAAGAUGGCCCAGAACUGGCUCGCAGGCCUCCAAGGAGCCCCUCUCGAGUGGUACUCUCAACCAGCCGACGUGGGCGCCCAGCCACCCAAAACCUGCCAACAGGACGACACUCACUGGACAGAAUCGAUGAAGACCGCACCACCAGCACCACCGCCUCCGCCCCCGCCAGCAGCACCCCCACUAGGAGCAGCACCCCCACUAGGAGCAGUAGCACCUGCGGGAGCAGCAGUACCAGCAGGAGGAGCACCACCGGCGGCAGCAGCGCCACCGCCACCACCACCCCCACCGCCCGCAGGAAAGCCACCGGCGAGGCGAAGGCGAUAG